AUGCCAGUGGUGUGGAAUGAUGCCGCGAGAGCCAAGCUCUUGAUGGCUAUCUUGAAGACAAGCGCGGGAAAAAUUGAUUACAAGGCUAUUGUAGAGUUCAUGGGGCCUGAAUACAAUGCCAAAAGCAUCCAGAACCAAAUCCAGUCGAUCAAGAGCAAGGCGUUUGGAGACAAGCCACCUGGCUCUAACCCCUCCACACCAUCUAAGGGAAGGAAGAAUGAUACUUCCACCGCUGGCAAAACUCCAACGAAGUCUCCAGCGUCUGCCAAGCGUGGACGCGACCAAACCGACGACGGGACAGAGUCAGCCUCCGAGUGUGCGACGCCAACCAACAGCCGUCGAUCUAAGAAAGUGAAAGCUGAAGUCAAGGAGGAGAUUAAGUCUGAAGACCUCACUGCUCUGUGA